UCGUCCUCCUGUCCUGUAGAUUGACAUCCUGCUCUUGGACUAGUUCCUUUACUUUGAUAAUAGUCUUUCCUACUGAUACUAUAAUGUGCCUUGAAAUGUGUUAUUUUUAUUCACAUUAAACCUGUCUUGUGAAAAAGAGCAAUGCACCAGAACAGUAAAGCCAGUGAUCAAUGUAAAGUGUACAGUAAAGUGAAAGUGAAAGCAUUGAGUUGGGGUACCAGCAUCUAAUGUGAUGAGAAUGAUUAUAUCUGUGUAAGUAAAUGGACAUAAAACGUAUUUUCAGUUCUCUGUUUGUCAUGACCAUAUACAAUGGAAUCAUUUCAAAUGUGUACUACAAUGGACACGUACAUUCACCUAUUAAUAUACUAUUUCUACUUUAUUUUAUACUGUUUUUGUAACCCCUGCUGGGAUUUUACGUCACUAGUUUGUAUCUAUAAUUAAUUGUUUUCUUUAGUAGUUUUUAUGUGCGCAAAAAGUUGGUCGCUUACCUCUGACGUCACUGUCAUGCGACAGCAAGGUUCCUUUCUCUUGUUUACAUGCACGCUACAGCUGAGCUACACUGAGCGAUCUUUUUCGUGUUUUUGGUGAGGAUGGCGACCCCAAAACCUGUCAACGUUAGUUCUGUGCCUAUCGACGGUUUCAGCAAUUUAAGAAUUACAUCAAUAUGGACUUUCCUCUUGUCCGUGCAGUGGUCAGAGCCGUGGCUUAUUGCCUGUUUAGUGUUUCACAUUGUGUGCCUGUGUCUGACUGUGUUGACGUGCAAGUAUUACAGAGCUCAAAUCUGCCACUUCCUCCUCAUAGUUGGCUUGGUGUACAGUGCUGAAUAUUUAAAUGAGUUGGCAGCCAUGAACUGGAGGUCUUUUUCCCAAUUCCAGUACUUUGAUUCUAAAGGCAUGUUCAUAUCGCUUGUCUUCUCCAUUCCACUUCUCUUCAACGCGGUUAUUAUUGUGACGGUGUGGGUGUACAAGACCUUCUCCACCAUGGCUGAGCUGAAGACGCUGCAACUCAAGCGAAAGGCGCGGCGACAAGACAGAGCAAAGACUGACUGACGCCUGUGUUUGUGUCUAUAAAUGGGUUUCACUGGCAGGGUUUAUUAAAAUGCAAGACCUUUGCUAAUCCCUUGCUUUUUGGGGAAAAAGACAAGUGUUAAAAGUCAGAAAGGACUGUGUGUGUCUUUCUACAGCAACAGUUGGUGACAAAGGUGGUGACAAUGUUGCAAAAGGACCAAAUGUUUUGUAUUUAAAAGUUAUUUUAUAGUGUGUUUACUUGCACUGUGAAAGCAUUUUGGGAAAGGUGUGUAUUACUCGUGUUGAUUCUUCUAAUCUAGCCCACAACAAGCUAAAACUCAACUCUGAACCCCCGACAUCACUUCCUGUCUGCUAUCGAUUUUUAUCCCCAACAUUGUCAACUCUUAAAUGUCUUAUUUUCUAUUAUAUUAUAUCUACUAUGUUGGGUAAAACGAAUGUAAAGGUGACUAUAUGGGUGUCAUUCUACAGGUGCGAUCAAACAGUCAAAUAAUGAAAACAAAAUCUGCACCUUUAUCCAGAUCAUCUCUCAAAUCCACAACGCUUCACGAUUUCUAUGCUUUUGUGUUGUAACGUUCCCCUAACCCCUUAUUGAAAAUAGUAGUGAUGGGAAACUCGAUUCCUUUUACUGACUCAAGUUUUUUUCAGUCACUCACUAAAGUGAAUCAAGUACUUGAUUUAAUUUAGCCGGGUGUGACAGCGCACAUACGCAGAAAAGCAUUCACACAGACUUCCAUUGAUAUGAUAUAUGCAAACACCUAAUUGAGAUCUGCCCCGUAAGCAAAUGCAAGAAAAUGGAACAAACAUAAUAAAGCGCCUUUUGCCAAAGUUUUUGGAGGAAGGUUUCACUGCAGUAUUAUGCCACAAAGUCAACAAAUUAUGUUUGCAAAAUGAUGUUUUAAAGGCCAAAUAUAAUCAAGGGUUUUUUCAGCCUUACCUGUGUAAGGUAGUCCCGUGAGAUCUCGUUUGGACUGUAAACCGGUUGGUACAAUUCACGCGAAACAUUAAUUAGGCAUUAAUUAUCAUGUCUUGCCACAUCCAAUAUGGCGGUGACGUCGCCGUAAUGAUUCAGCGCUCAUGAGCGUGUGAGUCUAAUGCGGGGGUGUCAAACUCGUGCCAUGGAGGGCCAAGUCACUAAAACAAGUGGUUUUAAUGAUCAACACCUCCUCCAAUUUGAGGGAAGGAGCUCAUUAAAUAAAUCACCUGUUGGAGAACCUGGUUGGAAAGGAAACCUGCAGUGACUCCGCCCUUCAUUGACAAAUGUGGUCUCGUGUGUCCAGGUUUGCGAUUUCCCUACCAUUUUUAAUUUAGCUAGCAGCAGCAAUGUAAGUGAACGAGUUAACAGAGACGAAUACCCGCGAUUCAGCCCCGGUUCUGCAAAAAAAAAAAUCGACAAUUUGAACGACUCGGUCAAUAUUCGACCAUCACCAGAAAGUAAACUCCACCCCUAUUCCUAACCUCACGAACCAGGAAGUAAACAGGAAGUGACAACUUCCAAAAAAUCAGAAUAAACACGAGCACAGCGGCCGUCCUCAUUUUUCACGUUUGGAGGAAAUUAUUAAAAAUUAUUAUCUUUUGGAAAUUAUUAAUCUUUUGACUCCCGCUUAAACAAUUCCCUCGGCCAGAGAAUCAGUUAUGGUGCAAUCCUUUCCGUGUCCGUGAGGCCGGAAGUAGCCUGCGAACCAACCAACAAACGGACAAAUACACAAAUAGAGCACUUAGUUAAUUUACCCUUUAGUUGAAUCUGUAUUUUUCGGUUUUUUUUUUUGCCAUUUGAGUCACGAUUUGAGCCCCUUACAUGGAAUAAAAUCUUUAACAGUAACAUUACAACAUGUGGAACUGUGAAAGGAUGAUUUAUGAGAUGUAUUCCAUUGUAACCUCAUGUUCAAAUAAACUAAUACCAAACCAAACAAC